AUGUAUAUUGAGGAAAUAAUAUUAGAUGGUUUCAAGAGUUACCCAACCAAAACAGUGAUUGGUCCCUUUCAUCCUCAAUUUAAUGCGAUAACAGGUUUAAAUGGUAGUGGGAAAUCGAAUGUUUUAGAUGCGAUAUGUUUUGUUAUGGGCAUAAAUAAUUUAAAUUUAAUAAGAGUGAAUCGAUUAGAUGAAUUAAUAUAUAAACAAGGUCAAGCUGGAAUUACGAAAGGUAGUGUUACUAUAAAGUUUAAUAAUGAGGAAAAACCAAGUCCUUUACAAGAACCUUAUCGUGAUAUGAAGAAUAUAACCAUUACUAGACAAAUAGUUUUAGGAGGAAGAAAUCGAUAUCUAUUAAACAGUCAUAAUGCUAAACCUAAAGAUAUUAGUGAUUUUUUUCAGUCAUUAAAAUUGAAUAUAAAUAAUCCUCAUUUUUUAAUUAUGCAAGGUAAGAUAACAAAAGUUAUAAAUAUGAAACCAAUUGAACUCUUAGGAUUAAUUGAAGAAUCCAGUGGUACCAAACUUUAUGAAGUGAAAAGAACAAAUGCUAUAAAGUUAAUGGUAAAAAAGGAUCAGAAAUUAGGUGAAAUAAAUAAAGUAUUAUUUGAAGAAAUUGAACCAACAUUAGUAAAGUUAAAAAAAGAAAAAGAAGAAUAUAAUAAAUUUGUUAGUAAUAAUGAAGAAAUAGAAAAAUAUGAAAAAGUUGAAAUAGCUUACAAAUAUUAUGUAGCUAAAAAAAUGAUGACAAAAUGUGAAGAAAAAAUCGAAGAUGCAAAAAGUGAAGAAAAAAUUUUAGAGAAAGGUAUAAAAGAAAUUGAUAAAGAUAUUGAGAAAUAUAAAAUUGAAAAAGAAAAAAUAGUUAAAGAAACUACUACUGCUAGUGAACCUAUGAAAAUUUUGAUAAGUCAAAAAGAAGAAUUAGAAAAGAAAAUCUCUCAAUUAAAAUCAGAAGCUAAAAUGGAAAAUAAAGAAAAAGCAAAAGAGAAAAGAAGAAGAGAAGAUAUAAAAAAAGAAAUUAAUAAUUUACAAAAUAAAUUAGAUGAUUAUCAAAAAAAUAAUGAAAAAAAUAAUAAAAAUUUAAAAUCAUAUGAAGAUUUAAAAAAGAAAAUCGAAAUUUUAAAAGAAGAAUUAAAUGAAAAACAAUUAACAAUGAAUUGCCUUUUAAGUGCUGGUACUAAUAAUAAUGAAUAUACAGGUUCUUUUAGAGAACAACUAAAAAAUUAUAAAACCAAUUUAAGUAAAGCAGAAACACAAAUAAAUAAUUUUUUACAAAAUAAUAAACAUUUAGAAAAAGAAAUUAUGACAUUAAAAGAACAACGUAAAAAAUAUGAAAAGGAAUAUAAUGAAAUUAGUAAAGAAAAAGAUAUUGAAGAAAAGAAAAAAAAGUUAUGUGAACAAGAAUUAGAUAAAUUAAAUAAAGAAUAUAAUAAUUUUAUGGAAUUGGAUACUUUAAAAACAGAUAAAAGUAUUUUAUAUAACGAUAUGGAAAAAUUACAACAAGAAUUACAAGUUUUGAAAAAUAUAAUUAAUAGUGUAAAAAUUGAUUAUAAAAUACCAAGUAAUAUGAAAACAACAGAUGUAUUAGGACAAAUAUAUAAAUUAAUAAAAAUAAAAAAGGAAUAUAAUAAUACAGCUUUAGCUGUACAUUUAAUAUUAGGUGGCAAAUUAACAUAUUUACUUGUACAAAAUAAAGAACAUAGUAAAAGGCUAUUUGAAUAUAAUAAUUUUUCGAGUGGAAGUAAAAGAGUCACUUUGUUACCUCUAGAAGAUUGUGUAAUAUCAAGAGAAGUACAUGAAAAGCAUAUAGAAGAAUGUCGACGAAAUGUUGGUUUAAAUGUAAAAGAUAAAAAUGAUGUUAUAUAUUUUUUAGAUAUUAUGGAAUAUGAUAAAAAUUUAGAACGAAUCAUACAAUAUUUAUUUAAUGGUACAUUAAUUUGUUCUAAUGUUGAUUUGUGUAAAAAAAUUACUUACAAUCCAAAUAAAAAAUUAUCUUAUACUACUAUAACUUUAGAAGGUGAUAAAUUUGAUACGUCUGGGAGUAUGUCUGGAGGAUCUAACAAGAAUAUUAACUUAUUCUUAUUAAAUUAUGAAAAGUAUAAACAGAAAAAAGAACAAUAUCAUGAUAACGAAAACAAAUUAAAGGAAGUUAGUGAAAAAUUAAAAUCAUUAGAAAAAGCAGAGGAAAAGAAAAAAAUUAUUUCAAAAGAAUUACAAAUAUAUGAGAACAACUUAAAUAAUAUUGAAAAUAGAAUGGAAACAAGUAAAUAUGGUAGUGUUAAUAAAAAAAUAGAAGAGCACAAAAAUGAAAUUGAUAAGGGACGAAAUGAAUUAAGUGAAUUAUAUAAAGAACAAAAAAAAUUAACUGAAGUAAUACGUAAAUUAGAAAAAGACAUAUCUGAAUAUGAAGCUAAUAAGGAUAAAAAAGAAGAAGAUUUAAAAGAAACUAUUAAAAAAUUAAAAAACAAAAUAAAACAAUUAGAAACAGAAGAACAUAAAAAAAAAGAAGAAAUAGAUGAUGUAUUAUUACAAAUUGAAAAUUAUAAAAAACAAAAAGAAAAAGAAACAAAUGAUUUAUCUACAACUGAUGAAACUAUAAAUGAAAUUGAAAAAAAAAUUGAAGAUAUUGAGAAAAAUAUUAAUAUUACAAAAGAAAAUUUAAAAGAAUUAGAAAACAAAAUCACAGAACUUCAAUCAAGUUUUAGUUCAUAUGAAAAUGAAAUGAAACAUGUUGUUAAGAAAAUAGAAGAUUUAGAAAAAAAAAAAAGUGAAAAUAUAUUAGAUUUAAAAAAACUAGAAAAUACAUUAUUAGAUUUACAAAAGGACUUUAAAACAUCUAGUGAUACAGUUAAAUAUUUAUAUAAAACACAUGUAUGGAUAGAAUCAUAUGAACCUUUGUUUAAUAAAAAAUAUACCCCAUACGAUUUUGAAAAUUUUAGACAUGACGUUAUACAGAAAAAAAUACAGGCUCUACAAAAUGAGCAAAAUAAAUUGUCAAUCAAUAUUAAUAGAAAAGCAGUACAAAUGUAUGAACAGGUGCAAGUAGACUACAAAGAUCUAGUAACCAAAAAAUCACAAGUUGAAGAAGAUAAGAAAAAAAUACAGGAAGUUAUAGCAGAUUUGGAUGUAAAGAAGAGUGAAAGUUUGUUGGCAAUGUAUCAGCAAAUUAAUGAAUAUUUCCAAGCUAUAUUUUCUACCCUUUUGAAUAAUGCCCAAGCAAAGUUAAGUAUAGUAGAUGGGGAUUUAGCUAACGGAAUAGAGAUGAAGAUUGCCUUUAAUAACAAUUGGAAAGAGUCCCUAACCGAAUUAAGUGGAGGUCAAAGAAGUCUUUUAGCCCUGUCCUUAAUUCUAGCCUUAUUAAAAGUGAGAACAGUACCGAUGUAUAUCUUAGAUGAAAUUGAUGCUGCUUUAGAUUUAAAUCAUACUCAAAAUAUUGGAGAUAUGAUAAGGACACAAUUUCCACAUUCACAAUUUAUUAUUGUAUCUUUAAAAGAAGGAAUGUUCUCUCAUGCAGAUGUUUUAUUUAAAAUGAGAUUUAUAGAUGGUAUAUCAACGGUUAAUAGACAUGCUUUGGACAUAAGACAAAAUACAAACAAAAAGGAGGUUCAAGAAGUAAAGAGAAGAAGGGUUACAAUUCACGACAAAGAAUCAGAUCAUGAUUAA